CUUGCACCAACUCUCAACUCUCUCUCUAGUCUCUCCUCGUUCUUAUUCAUUCCAGCUAAUGAAGCUGCUAUCGUUAUCAUAAACUUCCCUCUAACUCCUUUCUAACUUCCCUUCCACUACUCCUCUUCAUUUUCUCUCUCCUCCCUCCUUUCUUUUCUUCCUCUUUUUUCUAGGAACUUCACAAUAAAAAAAACUUAAAUAUACUUGGAAGUACUUUUGAUUGUAAUACAUAUGGCAACAGAGGAAGCAAAUAAAGUGGUGACUGAAACACCGGCACCACCGGUAACUCCGCCGCAAGAACCGCCAGCAACAGUUUCAGAAACCCGGGAAUCACCGGUUGCGGUGGAAGAGAAAAGUUUAGUCCCUGUAUCAACCCCUCUUCCUUCCACCACUGAAAAAACUCCUGCUUCGGUUGAAAAGGUUACAGAAUUAUCUGAAGAAAAGCCUCUAGAGGAAAAGCCUAUAGAGGAGAAGCCUUUAGAGGGCUCAGUUGGUAGAGAUGCUCAGCUAGCACGAGUUCAAACUGAGAAGAGAAUUUCACUGAUCAAAGCAUGGGAAGAAAGUGAAAAAUGCAAGGCCGAAAACAAGGCACACAAGAAAAUUGCUGCUAUCGAGGCAUGGGAGAACAGCAAGAAAGCAUCUCUUGAGGCAGAGCUGAAAAAGAUCGAGGAAAGCUUGGAAAAAAAGAAGGCAGAAUAUGCAGAAAAAAUGAAGAACAAAGUGGCUAUGACUCACAAGGAAGCAGAGGAGAAGAAGGCUACGGUUGAAGCCAAACGUGCUGAAGAUGUUCUGAAAGCGGAAGAGAUGGCUGCUAAGUAUCGCGCCACUGGAAAGCCCCCCAAGAAACUUCUUGGUUUGUUCUAAUAAGGAUUAUGUGAAUUUAGUAAUUACUUCUAUAAAUGUUUGAUGUGAUUAACAAUUAAGCAAGUCAAUUAGUUUGUGAUAAGGAAAUUAUAGAUAAGUUAUUUGUAUUUUUUUUUCCAUUUGUAUAAUUGUUUUAUGGCUUUAUUGGUUUGGUAGGUGUGUAUAGUUUGGGUAGAACGAUUUAAGAAUUGGUGCACAUUUGUUUCCAUGUGGAUAUUGUUUCUGUUAUGUAAGUAAAUUGGAUAUUGUUUCUAU